AUGUCUCGAUCGAAACAGAACGUGUCGUACGUCAAACCUGAGGAACCGUCGUUCCUGAAGGAAAUCAAGCAACGAGUGGGCUACCGUGAGCCGUCCGUGCAUGACAAAAUGCAAGUCUUGGAAUGCCCAUCCAACGAACCAGAAACGGCUGAUGGGGCGACCGUUGUUGUUCUGGAUGACGAUAACAUAAGUGCAGAAGAAUAUGCUGAGUUUAUGCGGGAGAAAGCUGAAGCGGAAGAUGCGUUGAAGAUUGCACGGGGCGAUAUUAGGUUUAUGAAACCGAAACGUGAAAACGAUCAAAUGGAUACCGAACCGCUACCCAACAAAUGUACAAAGAUGUUAAAAGUCGAUAAGAACGACAAGCUGCUAAAAGCUAACAUGGUUAAUUCGAGACUAUUGUCUUUUGAAAUGCCUGACGACGAUGACUGGUAA